AUGUCAGGAGCCAGAGAACCGACUACGAAGACACCAGGUGGUGUCGCGCGACCUACCCCUGGGCGUGGCUCGCCAGCGCGUGUGCCCACACCGGUCACCACGUCCGCAGUCGUUAAAGACUCGUCCGCGCAGGAGACGCGUGACGACAAGACCCUCGCAGCACUCUCGAGUGUGACGGAACGCCUCGCGACGCUGGAAUCGUCGUCGCGGGUGCGCGACGAAGACGAGCGCAUGCUGGGCGCUGUCGAAAGUGGCAUGUUUGCAUCGAAGCUCGGCGCGAACAUGCGCGGGCGUCCGAUGACGAUCGACGCACUCGGGUCGCCGGAGAGGAAGCCAACAGCGCCGCCAGCGUAUCAGCGCGCGGAUGAACCCGGUGUGUCUCGCUUCGCGACGCUCGAGCCACCUGGUGCGCGCUUGCCGCAGCAGCAGCCCGCGCCGCCGCAAGCAGACGUGCGUCCGGGACUGAACGGCUACGGGAUGCCGUCUGCAAGUCAGCGGAAGCUGCACAUCCGAAAGUUUGACGGGACAGAGUUGUACCGCGGGAUCGUUAGCGGCUUCUUCGACUGGGCCCGUACGUUCAUGCGUGCCGUGAGCCUCGGAGAAGCGUCGUGCGGUUUCGCGUGGACCGAGGACGUCAAGAUGGACCUCCUCGGCCACUUCCUGGCGGGCACUGCGGAGCGGUACUACCACAAGCAGACCACGAUUACUGCAAGUCAGGCCAUGAAGAUCUUCAUGGCAAAGAAAGAGACGCGACGGACCUGGGCCGAGCACUUUCUCUACAUGGUUGCAGUAAGCGAGACGCGCGGCGGCGCCGAUUCACUCGUGCUCGACAACAUCGUGCAUCACGCGUCGCCCGAAUUAAUGAACGUCAUGCGCGCGAAGUACGACCCGACGCGGGUCGAUUACCUGCGUCAUGCAGAAGAGCUGGCGCACUUUGCUCAGUCGAUCGAACACGGCACUGGCGCGGUCGGCCGCGACGUGGUCGCAGCACAUGUCGAGACGACACCCAAGGGGCCGCGCGUAUGUUACCGGUGCGGCAGACCUGGGCACAUUGCGUCCGACUGCAGCGCGCGUGUGGUGCAUGACGAAGAAGCGCGUGCGCAAAGUGGGGGCAGCAUGAUCCUAGCGCUGACCGAAAAGUCGCCGGGCGCGGUCUGGAGACGACGCCACAAGAAGAAGAGGAGCUCGCGCGGCAAGGAAACUGCAGUAGGCGACGCGAGAGGCAAAGCUCAAGCCACGAACGGCUCGAUCGGCCUAGUACUUGCAACGAACGACGCUAUCAAGAUCAUGCGAGGCGACUGGAUCCUCGACAGCGGCGCAAGCCGACAUCUAGUGAACGACGAGUCGCUUCUGCUUGACUCAUCCUCUUGCAGUCACGAGAUCGCCAUGGCGGAUGGCGAAUCGUUGCGACUGACGCGUGCUGGCAGCGUGCGCCUCGAGGUCCUCGUGCGUGGUGUAAAGACGAUCGUGACGCUCACGGACGUGUAUCUGGCACCGCUACUGGCGAAGAAUAUCGUGUCGUACGGGAAGCUCGAGAGCAAAGGCUACGGACUCGUUUACGACGGCGACAAGCGGGCUCUAGCUCGACGCAGCGACGGCUUAGUCGCGUUCGACGUCGAGACCGACAGCAACGUGCUAUAUGGGGAGACAGCGACGAGUCGGAGGCACGGCGCCGGCGAUGCAAUCUUGGCCGCGCUCGAAGCACAUUCGGCAGAAGCAAGCGCAGACGAUGCACACGUGGCCUCGCUUCUGCACUGGCACCAGCGGCUCGGGCACCUCGCGUUCGACACGAUCGUUCGAAUGGCGCGCGAUCCGGCCUCGGGCAUCAAGCUCAGCAGCGACAAGCGCAUGGCGUGCGUGUCGUGCAUGGAAGGGAAGCAGACGCGCAAUGCGCAGUCGCAGGAGGACAGUGGCACCAACUCGCCUAUCGAUCGCAUCGGUGGCGUCAUCUGCUCGGACCUUAAGGGCCCGAUGACGCCGCGGGACAGACUACAGAACCGGUACUUGGUCAAUUUCAUCGACCACAAGUCGAACUACUGCCGCUUGUUUCUCGCGCGCACCAAGGACGCGGCGGCAAAGCAUUUUGAGGCGUUCCCCAUUCACUUCGAGCGGCGUUUCGGGUUCAAGAUCCACGUCUUGAAAACAGACGGCGGCGGCGUGUACGCCAACAUUGACCUGUUUUGCAAACGGACGGGUGUCGCGCGCCAGGUGUCGGAGGCGCGAAACCAAGCGUCAAACGGAAAGGCGGAGAGGAUGCAUCAGACGCUGUUAAAUCUUGCGCGCAGCAUGAUGUUCGCGAGCGCGCUGCCAUUACAGUACUGGGGCGACGCCGUCCAGUACGCAGUGUACAUCCUGAACAGGAGACCGACGCGCGCAAACGAGAAGCGGGCGUCGCCACUCGAGAUGCUGACGGACAAGGUGCCGGAUCUGCGCGGCAUCGUCGUCUUCGGCUCACCGUGCAGUGUCUACCGCGAUCAGCGCAAGAACUCGCUGCUGAAGCGAUCACAGCACGGGAUCAUCGUCGGUGUGAGCGAGGAGACAAAGGGGUACAAGGUGCUGCUGACGCGCGAGAACAAGGUGGUCGUCACGCAGCACGUCAAGGACAUCGCGACGCUGUCGGAGGCGCAGAACGCGCUGCUCCAGCGCGCGAUGGACGCCGGCGACCGAGCUGGUGACACGGAGGAGGCCGAGACGACAGUGGCAGCCAUCACGAGUGGUGGCAGCACAGGCGGGCGCGCUACGGCUCGCAAGAAGGGCGGAAUAGCGUGGACGAGAUCGGCGCACGGAACACGCGGCGCGUCGAAACGUGCAGAAGCAGCAGCUCGACAGGAGGAGUUAGCUGAGAGCGGAGAAGUGGUGAACACGGCUUUCGAGCGCGAUGCGAUAAUCUACAGCGAGGCGAUCCGCGGUGGCAAGCGUGACGGCUGUAUGAAGGCCAUGAGAGAAGAAAUAGCAGCUCUUCAGAGCAACGACGUGUGGACGAUCGUGAAGCGCGCGCCAGAAACGCACGCGCUACACACGAAGUGGGUCUACAAGACCAAGACGGACGCGCAGGGCAACCUCGAGCGACUGAAGGCGCGUCUGGUCGCGUGCGGCAACGAGCAGGUGCUCGGCGUCGAUUAUACGCUCACCUUUGCCGCAGUGAUGGAUCUCUCGACGGUCAAGGUGAUCCUGGCACUCGCGGCCACGUGGGGGGUGCCUGCCAAGCACGGCGACACUUCAAACGCGUACGUUUCGGAGAAGACGCUUCGUACGCACGGCGCCACGAGUGCGAGCGAGCUCGUGCUCGAGCUCCGCAAGAGCCUGUACGGCCAUAAGCAGGCAGGCAGGCUGUGGAGCCUGCUGCUACACGCCAAGCUGGUCGAUGCCGGUUUUGUGCGCUGCGAGAGCAACAUGUGUUUCUACUGGAAGCGGGAACGUGCGGAUCUAGUCGUCGUCGGCAUGUAUGUCGACGAUCUCCUUGCGACAGGCACUAGCGCGGCGGCGGUGGAGAGUCUCUUCGAAAGCCUCGCGUCGCUUUCGAUAAAGGACUUGGGCUAA